AUGGCUCAAGUCCGCGAUGCCAUAUCGGCGCCAAAAGCGCCAAAGCCUAAUGGUAACUACAGCCACGUCGUACGAGCUGCCGGAAUGCUGUACGUUGCCGGCUGGAUGGGCGAUGACCCUGAGACUGGCAAGGUAGUCCAAGGAGGCAUCGAAGCGCAGACAAAGCAAGCCAUCAUCAACAUCCGCGCUUGUCUUGAGGCGGCCGGCUCGAGUCUGGACAAGGUGGUGAGACGCCGAAUCUACAUCAUCGACAUGGGCGAGUUCAGAAAGGUUGAUGGAAUCUGGGGCGAGGAGGUUCGCGAGCCGUUUCCUGUGUCGACUUGCGUGCAGAUAGGGGCACUGGCGAAGGAGGGUGCUUUGGUAGAGCUUGAGGUGGAUGCGGAGGCGUGA